CUCUCCCUCCCUCUCUCUCGCUCGUUGCCUACGCCGUUGGGAUUCCAUUUGUAUAUAAAUACCGUACAAUAUUUCCUAAUCAAAAACCCAAAACCCGCCACCAAAAGAAGAGCGAAAAACCCUAAGGCGCUCUGGGAUUUUGCCUUUGAGUUUUUCUCUCUUGGGGUGGUGCUGCUGUGUGCUCUCAAAGCCUCACAGGUCGUAAGAAAUGGAGUCUUCAAAUCCCGAAGGCGAUGGACUUCCUCCUCCACCACCCAUUAUCCCUCCAAAUGUUGUCCCCAUUGUAGCAGAAGAAAAAUCUUUCGACUUAAUUAAAAAUCCAUCAACUCCAAAGCGUGUUCCCAUGGCAAGGCCUGGUAUUGGAUCUAAAGGGCAAAGGAUUCCACUUCUAACCAACCAUUUCAAAGUUGCAGUGAACAAGUCUGAUGGAUACUUCUUCCAUUAUAGUAUUGCGAUGCUUUAUGAGGAUGGAACCCCAGUUGAUGGGAAAGGCAUUGGCAGAAAAGUUCUUGACAAAGUUAAAGAAACUUAUGGCUCGGAGCUGGAACAUAAAGAAUUUGCUUAUGAUGGAGAGAAAAGCUUGUUUACUGUUGGCCCUCUUCCUCGUAACAGACUCGAUUUCUUGGUCGUAUUGGAUGACAUCUCAUCAACCAGGAUUGGGAGCCCUGGAGGUAGUUCCAACCCAGGUGAGAGUGCGGGAGAUAUGAAGAGAGUUAAGAAGCAAUUUCAAUCCAAAACUUUAAAGGUGCAGGUCAAUUUUGCUACUAAAAUCCCAAUGCAAGCAAUUGUAAAUGCAUUACGAGGUCAGGACUCAGAGCAUUUUCAGGAAGCAGUGAGGGUUCUUGAUAUCAUACUAAGGCAGAAUGCAGCAAAGCAGGGUUGUCUUCUUGUCCGACAGUCUUUCUUCCAUAACAAUCCGAGGAACUUCGCAGAGUUGGGAGCAGGUGUAUUAGGCUGCAGGGGUUUCCAUUCAAGCUUUCGAGCUACCCAAGGGGGUCUGUCUCUGAACAUGGAUGUAUCUACUACAAUGAUCGUGAAACCUGGUCCUGUUCUCAACUUCCUCAUGGAGAACCAAAAUGUUAAGACUCCUUACCAGAUUGAUUGGAUUAAGGCUAAAAGGAUGCUAAAGAAUCUAAGAAUAACGACCUAUUCCUCUAAGAUGGAGUACAAAAUCACUGGAUUGAGUGACAAACCAUGCAAGGAGCAGAGGUUCUUUCUGAAAACAAAGAAAGGACAGGAUGGUGAUGGAGAGGAAAUCACGGUUUCUAAUUAUUUUGCUGAAUAUAAACACUUACCAGUGCGCGAUUCAGCAGAUUUUCCAUGCAUCAAUGUUGGGAAACCAAAGAGUCCAUCUUACUUUCCACUUGAGCUCUGCAACUUGGUUUCAUUGCAACGCUAUACCAAAGCUUUAUCCAGUAUGCAAAGGGCUUCGCUAGUGGAGAAGUCUCGGCAAAAGCCCCAAGAGCGGAUGUCAGUUCUGCGUGAUGCACUGAAGACUAGUAAAUAUGAUGCUGACCUGAUGCUUCGUUCAUCUGGAAUAUCAAUCGGUGCUGACUUUGUGCAGGUUGAAGGCCGUGUUUUGUCAGCCCCAAAGCUAAAAGUUGGUGAUGGACAAGAUUUUUUCCCUCGGAAUGGGCGUUGGAAUUUUAACAACAAGAAAUUGAUUCAACCUGUGAAAAUAGAGCGCUGGGCUAUUUGCAAUUUCUCUGCUCGCUGUGACACUCGGUACCUGGUCAAUAUUAUGUUGAAGUGUGGAGAGAUGAAAGGAAUUGUCAUAAAUGAUCCAUUUUUUGUAUUUGAAGAGAAUAACCAGAAUAGACGUGACCCAGCUCCUGUUAGAGUGGACAAGAUGAUUGAAUACAUAAAGUCCAAACUUCCAGGACCACCACAGCUUCUGUUGUGUAUUCUUCCAGAGAGGAAGAAUUCUGACAUAUAUGGUCCAUGGAAAAGGAGAAAUCUUUCUGAGCUUGGGAUUGUAACACAGUGCAUUGCUCCUGCAAAACUUAAUGAUCAGUACAUCACAAAUGUGCUCCUGAAAAUCAAUGCAAAGCUGGGUGGAAUGAAUUCCUUGCUACAAGUGGAGCAUUCUCCUUCAAUACCUUUGGUUUCUAAGUGCCCCACUCUGAUUUUGGGAAUGGAUGUGUCACACGGCUCACCUGGGCGUUCAGAUGUGCCUUCUAUUGCAGCGGUGGUGAGUUCCAGGAACUGGCCCUUGAUUUCCCGGUACCGAGCUGCAGUUCGUACUCAAUCGCCAAAAGUAGAAAUGAUUGCUUCUCUGUUCAAGCCUGUAUCAGAUAAAGAUGACGCGGGCAUAAUCAGGGAAUUGUUGCUAGACUUUUAUGCUACUUCAAAUAGCAGGAAACCUGAUCAGAUAAUUAUUUUCAGGGAUGGAGUGAGUGAAUCACAGUUCAACCAAGUCUUGAAUUUGGAACUGGAUCAGAUUAUUCAGGCCUGCAAAUUCCUUGAUGAGAGCUGGUCUCCUAAGUUCAUGGUUAUUGUUGCUCAGAAGAAUCAUCAUACAAAAUUUUUCCAGACUAGUUCUACUGAAAAUGUGCCAGCUGGCACAAUUAUUGACAACAAAGUUUGCCAUCCAAAGAACAAUGAUUUCUACUUGUGUUCUCAUGCUGGGAUGAUUGGGACUACUCGACCUACUCAUUAUCAUGUUCUAUACGAUGAACUUGGGUUUUCAGCAGAUGAUUUGCAAGAACUUGUUCAUUCUCUAUCAUAUGUGUACCAAAGGAGCACUACAGCCAUCUCUGUAGUUGCUCCAAUCUGCUACGCCCAUCUAGCUGCCGCCCAGAUUUCACAGUUCAUCAAGUUUGAUGAUAUGUCUGAGACUUCCUCAAGCCAUGGUGGUGGUGUGACUGUUGCUGGUGGUGUGGCCGUGCCUGAAUUACCCCGGCUUCAUGCUAAUGUGAUCAACUCCAUGUUCUUCUGCUGAAGAUUUGGUUUCAAUUUCAUAUCCCAUGGUGGAUGGCUUCAUAAUAGCAUAUGAAGUUUUUGUGAACCAACUGUUUUGAGUUUACGGAUUUGAAUAGGAAUUUCACUAGCUUGUAUAUCAUUUGUAGUUGAAAUUAUCUAAAGCUGA